AUGGCUGCCGCCAUGGGUUGUUGCCGUGUGGCGCUCGGCGGGUUGGCCGCCAGCGGCGGUGGGGCCGUGGCACGAUGGCGACGGCUGCGGCCGCCGGAUGUCUGCGUGCUGCGUAUGGCGCCCGCCCGCGGCGCCGCAGCAGAGCCCGGAUCCUGCCAGGCGGUAACAGUGGAGGUGGGCGGCAGAAAGAUGGAAGUGUCUUCUGGAAAACUUGCUCGAUUUGCAGAUGGUUCUGCUGUUGUUCAGCUAGGUGAUACAGCAGUAAUGGUCACAGCAGUCAGUAAAACUAAGCCUUCUGCAUCUCAGUUUAUGCCAUUAGUGGUUGACUAUCGUCAGAAAGCUGCUGCAGCAGGAAGAAUUCCUACAAACUAUCUAAGAAGAGAGCUUGGUUCCACUGAUAAGGAAAUUCUUACAAGUAGAGUAAUAGAUCGGUCAAUCAGACCACUCUUUCCAGCAGGCUACUUUUAUGACACACAGAUCCUUUGUAAUCUUUUAGCAGUAGAUGGUGUCAAUGAUCCUGAUAUUCUGGCAAUUAAUGGAGCCUCAGCAGCACUUGCAUUGUCUGAUAUCCCAUGGAAUGGGCCUAUUGGUGCAGUAAGGGUGGGGCUGGUUGAUGGAGAAACUGUUAUCAAUCCAACUCGAAAACAGAUGUCUUCUAGUGCUUUAAAUUUAGUUGUUGCUGGAGCUGCACAAAAUCAAGUUGUUAUGUUGGAAGCAACUGCCGAGAAUAUAUUACAACAAGACUUCUGUCAUGCCAUCAAAGUAGGAGUAAAGCAAACCCAGCAAAUCAUUCAGGGAAUUCAACAACUUGUGAAAGAACGGGGUGUUGUCAAAAGAACUGUUCAGAAGUUAUUCAUUGCUCCGGAAGAGAUUGUGGAGUGUGCAAAGAAAUUUGCUUUUGACAAGAUCUAUGCGGUGUUCACAGAUUCCAGCCAUGAUAAAAUUUCUAGAGAUGAAGCAAUUAACAAAAUAAGGCUUGAAACAGAAGAACAGCUGAAAGAAAAAUUUCCAGAGGCUGAGCCUUAUGAAAUCAUGGAAUCUUUCAAUGUGGUUUCAAAGGAUAUUUUUAGAAAUCUUGUUCUGAAUGAAUAUAGAAGGUGUGACGGGAGAGAUUUGACUUCCCUCAGAGAUAUUAAAUGUGAAGUGAAUAUGUUUAAAAUGCUUCACGGAUCAGCCUUAUUUCAGAGAGGUCAAACACAGGUUCUCUGUACAGUUACAUUUGACUCUCUAGAAUCAAGUGUAAAAUCAGACGUUAUCUCAACAGCAGUGAGUGGAAUAAAGGAUAAAAACUUCAUGCUGCAUUAUGAGUUUCCUCCUUAUGCAACUAAUGAGAUUGGCAAAGUUACUGGCAUGAACAGAAGAGAACUUGGCCACGGUGCUUUGGCAGAAAGAGCUUUGAAACCAAUUAUUCCCCAGGAUUUCCCAUUCACGAUAAGAGUUACCUCUGAAGUCUUAGAGUCAAAUGGGUCAUCUUCAAUGGCUUCUGCGUGUGGAGGAAGUUUGGCAUUAAUGGAUGCAGGAGUUCCAGUAUCGAAUGCAGUGGCAGGUGUAGCAAUAGGUCUCAUUACUAAAUGCAAUCUGGAAAAAGGAGAUAUUGAAGACUAUCGCUUGCUGACAGACAUCCUGGGAAUUGAAGAUUACUAUGGUGACAUGGAUUUCAAGAUGGCAGGUACUAAUAAAGGAGUAACUGCCUUGCAGGUUGAUCUAAAACUGCCAGGAAUACCAAUGAAAAUUGUAAUGGAAGCUAUUCAACAAGCUACAGCUGCAAAGAGGGAGAUUUUACAAAUUAUGAACCAAACGCUGGCAAAACCCAGACCUAACAGAAAAGAAAGUGGACCAGUUGUAGAAACUAUCCAUGUUCCACUAUCAAAAAGAUUAAGAUUUGUUGGUCCUGGGGCCUAUAAUUUGAAAAAACUUCAAGCACAGACUGGUGUAACUGUAAGUCAGCUGGAUGAAGAGACAUACUCUGUGUUUGCACCCGCACCUAGUGCUAUGCAUGAAGCAAGAGAAUUUAUCCGUGAAAUCUGCAAAGACGACCAGGAAGUUAAUUUGGAAUUUGGUGCUGUUUAUACAGCUACAAUAACUGAAAUAAGAGAUUCUGGAGUGAUGGUAAAAUUGUAUCCAAACAUGACACCAGUGUUACUUCAUAAUUCACAACUUGAUCAAAGAAAGAUAAAACAUCCUAGUGCUCUGGGAUUAGAAGUUGGACAAGAAAUUCAGGUUAAAUACUUUGGACGUGAUCCAACUGAUGGUAGAAUGAGGCUUUCACGUAAAAUUCUACAGUCACCCGCCACAACUGUGCUUAAAACCCUAACUGACAAAAACAGUAUUGUCCUAGGAGGUACUGUUCCACAGUCAUCUACUUCAUCUCAGUGACAGG